AUUUUGCUUAAACUCUCUAAAAUUCUCUGAAGCGAAACUCUCCAACUCGAAGAACAGCACACCGAAUCGACUUCACAUCAGUUUCAGGUAAAAAUGGUUUCAUUGAGAGAACUCACAGAGCAACGAGGUAACCAAGGUAGAGAUGGGGAGGAGGAAGGGGUUUUAGCCGUGGAGCCUAUCACUAUGAUAGUGCCACCGGAGUUGCAGGAUGUACCAGAAACAGUGACGCCUGAGAGCAGCGCCAGUUCCCGCGCCAGAGACGACGGUGACGACCACCCUAGUGCAUCGUCAAGCAGCUCGUCUACGAAAGAGACACCCAGCCGUGAAGAAGGAAUGGGGGAUGUGGUGAGCAAUGUCUCAGAUCGGCCGAUGAUUGGGGAAUGGGAAGGCGCAACGAUCCCGAGCAGGUUAAGCAACCUGCGAAAAGCACCGAAGGACCUGCCCGCUGGAUUCAGGUUCAAGGCUGCACUUCAUCACGAAGUAGCAGAUUGUGCGCCCUCCAUAAGUGGGUAUAAACGACUGGAGGAGAUGGUGAGGGCGUACCACAUCCCAAGGACUAUAUUGGUGCGAACUGGCGAGCAGAACGAGAGGGCUUGCUCGGUGUCGCGGACGGGCUGGAUACCCGUAUAUGCAAAUCAUUUUGACGUCGGUCUGCGAUUUCCACUGCCCGAGCUGGUGUUCGACCUGCUGGCCGACUACGAGCUGGCUCUGACGCAGCUGACGCCCAACAGCAUAAGGUUCAUCGUGGGCUUUAUGCUGUUGUGUGCGAGAUUGGAGGUACCGGCCAAGGCGAUAGUGUUCAGGUCGCUGUUCCAAUGCCGGCUGUGUCCAAACUCAAGAGGGGCGAGAUGGUACUACCUCUCUGGGAGGGAUAAGAGCCAGCUCUUCAAGAACGUGAGGAAUAAAGUGGCGCGGUGGAAAAGACAGUUUAUCUUUGUUCGCGACACACGAACAGAAAGGAUAAGCAAUGACCUGGCUGCCCGGCUGUCUGAUUGGCGCACGCCGAACGCCCACAUCAACUAUCCCCAACUGCUGCCUCGAGAUGUCAAUCUGAAGAACCAGCUACUUCAGCAUGCACAGAGGGAGGGUCUUAUAGAUCUAGAAGCCCUGGUUACCUCGAAGCAUCUCGCCAUAGCCGGGUUUGUCGAUGUGGCAAACCUGUUCAGCGAAGGCGAAAUGAGCAGCAUACUGGAGCAUCAGCGUCAACGUGCCCAGAGUUCCCGAGGCCGCGGGGCGGGCAGCUCCACGCAGAGGCAGACGCGGUUUGACGAGCGACCACCUGCAGCGCCUCAAUCACGCAGUUCGUCUCAUCGAGGAUCCAGCUCAUCCUCUCGACCGCGGGCUGAUCAGAAGGUAGAGGUGACGGCUCCCAGUGCACGCAGGCGUGCACGUGAGGAGACGGAGGGCGAUGAGGAUGAGCCCGCCAUGGUGCAGGCCAUGCACAGUUUUGUGCCCCCGACAGAUAAUCGGCGGGCAAAAGCGUUCAUGCAGCAGCAUGGUGGCCAGGUCGCCAUGAUCAAGCUGAUGGAUGCAUUCAACUACGCUGUGGCGCUCUACGAGAGCGAUCAGGCAGCUCGCACCCAAAACAGCGAGCUCGGUUCGAAGUGCAAGCAACUGGCUGCUGAGAAGGCCAGCCUUGUGGACGAUGUGAAUCGUCUGCAGGGUUCUGAAAUGGCAAACCGAGCCGCGGCUGCUGAGAGCCGGGCGGACGAGCUCGCCCACAAGAUCGAUGAGCUCAAGGAGGAGCUAGAGCGCGCCCAGGCCGAGCGAGAGAGUGGAAUUCAAGCAGCUAAGGAUGAGGCCGGCCGGGUUGAAGAGCGGGCAAAGAAGGCUAAGGCCGACAGGGAUCAGGCUCAGCGCGAGCUGAGCUCCCUUAGGCACCAGGUCGCCGAGGCGGACCGAAACCUUGCUGCUGCCGGGGAGGCUCUGAACGAGCUGAAGGCUUCCCAUGCCCGUUCUGUCGCCAUCGCCCGGGCUCAAGGGGCGGAAUGGUUCAUCGGCUCGGCUGCGUUUCAGGACGCUGUGGCGGUGGCGUCGACAAAUGUAACCACGGAGAUCUACAAUGAGAUCCGUGGGAAAGUACUGCAGCACCGCCCGGAUUUCCCAAUACGCGAGCUGGUCUUCUUUGACGAGGAGGAGCUAGACGAGCAGGGUAAGAGCCUUGCUCCCCUCGCUGAUGCAACUGUGAGGCUGAGAUGGGAUUUGAACGAGGAGGGCGUGCCCGUCUGGCCACCGUCCAUUCUGGAGGACGGGGAGGACCCAGUAGGACUGCCCUCGUUUGAUGCAUGGGUGGAAGGUGCUCCUGUAGCUGAGCAGGAGCCUUCAAGCACCCCACCCAAAUCUCAGCCCGCUGUGGUGCCGACCAGCUCGCCCGUCAGCGUGCCAGCCUCUGAGCUCGCCGCCCGAUCUCCUCCUGCUCACACGCCUGCAGUUGCGGCAGACGCAUCCAUGCCCGUCGAUCUGACGGAUGACUAGGCCUAGGACUUUUUUGUUUUAUUUUUUGUAUUUUUGUUUUGGCCUUUUUGUAUUUGAUCGACAGAUUCAGAUCGCCUGUGCUUUUAAUGUAAUAUCGUUGAUGGAAUACAAAAAUGAAUUUUCU